AUGGACUACAGCUCGAUUGUUUUUCGCGAGUUUACACCCGAAUCAUUACAUCGUAUUGAACGUUAUCGACAAGAGGAAGCUGAACGCCUUGCUUCCGAUCGAUUACAACGACAAACAAUACGUCAAGACGAUAGUGAUUUAUUAUAUAGUUCGAUGAGAAAAUCAUCAAAUUAUGAACAACCUAAUUUAAAACGAAAACCUAAUAAAGAAUUAGCUGUUGGACAAACAUUACCAAGAGCAUUACAAACAAAAUUUCCAGCUGAACUUAUUGGUAAACCAAUAGAAGAAAUCGAUCGUUCGACAUCAGCUUGUUUUAUAUUUUCUCCAUACAAUUGUUUUCGUCAUUUAGCAAUUCGUAUAUUAACUCAUUCACUUUUUAGUACAUUUGUUAUGCUUACUAUUUUGGCUAAUUGUAUAUUUAUGACACUUAAAAAUGUACCUGAAACAUAUGAAUAUAUCUUUACAGUAAUUUAUACACUUGAAGCAUUAACAAAAUGUGUUGCACGUGGAUUUAUUCUGGAAAAAUUUACAUUUCUACGUGAUCCAUGGAAUUGGUUAGAUUUUAUUGUUAUUACACUAGCAUAUAUAACAUUCUUUGUCAAUUUGGGAAAUGUCUCUGUCCUUCGAACAUUUCGAGUACUAAGAGCAUUAAAAACAGUAGCUGUUGUUCCAGGUUUGAAAACGAUUGUCGAUGCAUUAAUUCAAUCUCUUAUUUGUUUACGAGAUGUUACUGUUUUAUCAAGUUUUAUUCUAUCAAUUUUUGCUUUGGUAGGUUUACAGCUUUAUAUGGGUGUUUUACGACAAAAAUGUGUACCAACUUAUGAAUCAUUUAUCAAUGGUUCAAAUUUUUCAGUUGGUUUUAAUAUGUCUUAUGAUUCUUAUGUAAAAGAAAUUCAUAAUGAAAUCUAUUGGUAUCAAGAAGAUGAUAUACAUGUUGUUUGUGGAAAUGCUAGUGGAAGUCGAAAAUGUCCACAUGGUUAUAUUUGUUGGAAAGAUCUUGGAAUAAAUCCGGAUUUUGGUUAUACAAGUUUUGAUAGUUAUGGUUGGGCUAUGCUUUCUUGUUUUCGAUUAAUGACACAAGAUUAUUGGGAAAAUCUUUAUCAAUUGGUGCUGUCAGCUGCUGGCCGUUAUCAUUUUUUCUAUUUUGUUGCUGUCAUAUUUUUUGGUUCAUUCUAUUUGGUAAAUUUAAUUUUAGCUAUUGUAUCGAUGUCUUAUCAAGAACAACAAAAAAAAGUCAAUGCAGAAAAAUUAGAACGUGAACGACGUAAAGUUGAAGAUGAACUUGAACAACAAAAUGAAGAAGCAAGAAAAUUAUCACAAGCAGAUGAAUUAAUAGAACCUGAAAAUAAUCUUGAAUAUACUUGGUUUUAUGAAAAUUCAAAUCGACCACCAUCAGUAUCAAGUCUUUCAAUUGAAUAUAAUCAAAAUCGAUUAAAAUCGGAAUUUAAACAUCGACAAUCUAUUCAAACAUUACCGUUAUUAUUUGAAAAUCCAAGUUAUAUUUUUUCAAAUCCAACAACAAAUUUUGAUGAAUAUGAAAGCUAUGAUAAUACAAUACCAUUUCUUGAUGAAGCACAACAAAAUUAUGAUACAUUAUCAAGACAACGAAGUAGAAAAUGGUCUUAUAUUGCUGACCGAUUAAAUUCAAAUAAUGAAUCAACUGUUACAUUGUAUCAACCGAAACCUCAUAUAAAAUAUGCACCUGCUGAUCAAAUCCUAUCACAUUCAGCUUCUGAUACAACAAGUAUUCGAUCAAAAAAACAACAUACUGUACUGCACAAAGUCGAUCAUCAUAGAGAUGACCGAGGUAGUUCACAUGUUGAAUGUCGUCUACUUCUAACUGCAAAUAAGCAUGCACGGCAGUUACAAGAUCAUCCUAAGAAACGUGUGAACAUCGUCAUUUCAGAUAUGGAUACAACCAAUACAUGCGAUCGACCAUUAAUGAAAUUUCUCUGGAAUACUUGUUGCGAAUGGAAUUGUCCUUCGGAAUCAUUCAGAAAAUUUCAAGAAGUCGUAGCAUUUUUUAUUUUGGAUGCAUUUGUUGAUUUAUUUAUUACUAUAUGUAUUAUUUUAAAUACAUUAUUUAUGGCACUUGAUCAACCUGGUCAAAGUGAAAAAAUGGCACGAAUUUUAGCGACAGGAAAUUAUGUUUUUACUGGUAUAUUUACAGCUGAAGCAAUUUUAAAAAUAAUUGCAAAAUCUCCGGCAAAAUAUUUAAAGGAUCAUUGGAAUGUAUUUGAUUUAUUUAUUGUUACACUUAGUCUUGUUGAAUUAGGUCUAGCAAAUAUAAAAGGAUUAAGUGUUUUACGAUCAUUUCGUUUAUUACGAGUAUUUAAAUUGGCAAAAUCAUGGCCAACACUUAAUCGUCUAAUGUCAAUUAUUGGUAAAACAAUUGGAGCUUUAGGAAAUUUGACAUUAGUUCUUGUCAUUAUUAUUUUUAUUUUUGCUGUUAUGGGCAUGCAGUUAUUUGGUCCAAAAUAUGCUCAACAAUUCAAAAAAGAUAUGCCAAGAUGGAAUUUUGUUGAUUUUUUUCAUGCAUUUAUGAUUGUUUUCCGUGUAUUAUGUGGUGAGUGGAUUGAAUCAAUGUGGAUAUGUCUUGAAUGCGCUGGUUGGCCAUGUAUACCAUUUUUUCUUUUUACAUUUGUCAUUGGAAAUCUUGUGGUAUUAAAUUUAUUCUUGGCUCUUUUACUUGCAUCAUUUGGUUCGAAUGUUCUUGCUGAACGAGAAAAAGAAGGUGAUGAUGAUAAUAAAAUUGGCGAAGCAAUUGAACGUAUUCAACGAUGUUUUCGAUUCAUAUUGCAUCAUUUUAUUCGUUUAUUUUGUCGAAAAAAACAACCAAAUUCAAAAAUUAUUGAAAGUGUUACUACUGAAACAAUUUAUUAUAAUCGAUCUCUUGCUGGCACCAGUAAUACGAUAAGUACCCUUCCUUAUUCUACAUCUAUUGAUAUCGAUCCUAACAAAGAUAAUUCACACAAUAUCUUAACCAUAAGUAAUGAACUAACACGACCUAUUGAAGAUAUCGAAAUGACAUCGAUAGAUCCUAUUACUAUUAAUAAUAAUAAUGUCACUCCUUCUACUUCAAUAGCCCCUUUAACUUAUCAAUUUCGUCAUAUGCCCCCGGAUUGUUGUGGUCGAGAAAUUUCAAAAUAUUUUGAUUGUUGUCAAUUUAUUAUACCGCAAAAAAUUCAACGACAUUGGACUUUUCUUCGCAGUAGAGCACAUCGUCUAGUGGAACAUCGUUUCUUUGAAUGGCUCAUUAUUGCUAGUAUUUUAGCUAGUAGUACAACAUUAGCAUUAGAGGAUAUAAAUACUCGACAACAACCAAGAUUUUCAUCGAUAUUACAUGCUUUUGAUAAACUUUUUACAAUUAUAUUUACAGCCGAAUUAAUUUUAAAAUGGUUUGCAUAUGGAAUAAAAAAUUAUUUUACAAAUGGUUGGAAUUGGCUUGAUUUUCUUAUUGUUGUUGUUAGUGUUCUUGGAACUUUACUUGAUGGACUUGGUGUAGCUGAUAUUCCAGCAUUUAAAUCAAUGAGAACCUUAAGAGCUUUAAGACCAUUGAAAGCACUAUCAAGAUUCGAUGGAAUUCGAGUUGUUGUCAAUGCAUUAAUUGGUGCCAUUCCGUCCAUUUUUAAUGUCUUACUAGUUUGUCUUGUUUUCUGGUUAAUAUUUUCAAUAAUGGGUGUACAAUUAUUUGGUGGAAAAUUUUAUAAAUGUGUUUAUGUUGAUACACAUGAUCGAGUUAAUGUAUCAGAAAAUGUAACAAAUAAAACAGAUUGUUUAAGAAAAAAUUUUACAUGGGAAAAUUCAAGAGUCAAUUUUGAUAAUGUUAUUAAUGGUUAUUUAGCUUUAUUUCAAGUUGCAACAUUUAAAGGAUGGAUCGAAAUAAUGGCUGAUGCAGCCGAUGCAAAAGAUCCUGAUAUUCAACCAGAACAUGAAUCUAAUGUUUAUAUUCUUGUUUAUUUUAUUUUAUUCAUUAUAUUUGGUUCAUUUUUUACAUUAAAUCUUUUUAUCGGUGUUGUUAUCGAUAAUUUCAAUCAACAAAAACGAAAAUUAGGUGAUGGUGGUUCGAUAGAAAUGUUUAUGACAGAUGAUCAAAAAAAAUAUUAUAAUGCUAUGAAAAAAAUGGGAAAUAAAAAGCCAACAAAAGCAUUACCAAGACCACGAUUUCCUAUCGCAAGAUUUUUUUUCGAUUUAACAACAAAUCAAACAUUUGAUAUAUUUAUAAUGAUAUGUAUUUUUCUUAAUAUGCUUUGUAUGUGUCUUGAACAUCAUAAUCAAAGUGCAACUUAUGAUCAUGUUCUUGGAUAUAUUAAUAAUUUUUUUGUUGCUAUAUUUACUAUUGAAUGUGGAAUGAAAUUACUUGCAUUACAUUAUAAAUAUUUUACUAUUCCAUGGAAUGUAUUUGAUUUUGUUAUAGUUAUUGCAUCCAUUCUUGGUCAAGCCUUGGGUGAACUUAUGGCAAAUUAUUUUGUUCAUCCAACAUUAUUACGCGUUGUACGUGUUGCUCGUGUUGGUCGAGUAUUACGUCUCGUUAAAGGAGCAAAAGGUAUUCGAACAUUACUUUUUGCAUUAGCUGUAUCAAUGCCAGCUUUAUUUAAUAUUGGUCUUCUUCUUUUUCUUGUCAUGUUUAUUUAUUCUAUAUUUGGUAUGUCAUUUUUUGCUUAUGUACGAAAGUCUGCAGGUGUUACAGAAAUAUUUAAUUUUGAAACAUUUCCAAAUUCAUUAAUUAUACUUUUUCAAAUGUGUACAACUGCUGGUUGGUCAGGUGUUUUACAAGCAUUAACAAAUGAUCGACCACCUGAUUGUGAUCCAACUCUUAAAUCACCAUCAAAUAGAGGUGAUUGCGGUAAUAUGGCAAUUGCAAUUCCAUUUCUUGUUACAUAUUUAAUUAUUAGUUCACUCGUUGUCGUUAACAUGUAUAUUGCGGUUAUUUUAGAAAAUUUUUCUCAAGCUCAAGAAGAUGUACAACAAGGAUUAACUGAUGAUGAUUAUGAUAUGUAUUAUGAAAAAUGGCAACAUUUAGAUCCAAUAGGUUCACAAUUUAUGCGAUAUGAUCAAUUAUCUGACUUUGUUGAUAGUUUAGAACCUCCUUUACGUAUACCAAAACCAAAUCAAUUAUUACUUGUGGCUAUGGAUUUACCUAUAUGUGAAGAUGAUCGUAUGCAUUGUAUUGAUAUUCUUGAUGGUUUAACAAAAUAUUUUCUUGGUUCACUUGAUGUAUCAGCAUUAGGUACAGAAUCUAAUGCUCCAAUUGAUAUAAAAAAAGAUCGUCCAAAAGAUUAUCGACCAAUAACAACGACAUUACAACGUCAACGAGAAACUUAUUUAAGUCGAAUUGGUCUACGAGGUUUUCGAGCGAAUGUUGAACGAUGUCGAAUUGAACGACAAAGUCGUGAACCAAUAAAGGAACGUGUUACUAUUGAUGAACUUAUUGAAUUAGGUGAUUUAGGAACACCAACACCAUCAUCAACAUCAACAAUAUCACGUCGAAGUAAAAAUUCUGCUACAAAUUCAAUAUCAACACCAUUGGUAAAGCAACGAGGAAGAACUCUUUCAGAUGCAUCAUCUUUAUGUUCAUUUGGAAGAAGAUCAUUGUCUUGA